AUGCACGAUAAAUUAUAUUGUCAAACCGUCGGAAUUUGUCUCAAUCUUGGGCUAACUGAAAAAGUCAUUCAGCCAAUUAUGUCAUCGUCCGCUGUACAGAAGCAGCAUCAGAAAAUCCUCCGCAACCUCAUGAAACUCCCUUCAAACAAGAAGUGCGCUGAUUGCGGAGAACAAUGUGCAGUUCAAGUCGACACAACAAACGCUAUUUUCUUAUGCUCAAUUUGCUCAGGCAUUCACCGUGAAUUCGGCUUCCGUAUUAAAUCAGUUUCAAUGGCUACAUUCACACCAGAAGAAAUUCAGAAACUUCAGGCAACAAACAAUGAUGAAUUCAACAGAGUUUGGAUGGCUAAGUGGAAGGCUUCAGAAGAUCCUUUCCCAAUCAGAGAUGAUGCCAAUUACAAUUCUCGUAACAACUUCCUCAAGCGUAAAUACGUUGACAAGCUUUGGUAUUCCAAGAAGGCUGCUAUGGAGGCCGCCCCAGCUCCUCAACCAGCUGCUCAGUCUCCAGCACCACAGCCAGCUCAACAGGCUCCACAGCAGGAUAUCUUCGGAUUCGGCACUCCAGCUCCUCAACCAGCUGCUGCUCCAGCUCAGCAGGCAUGGUCCCCAUUCGGUGGCCAGCCAGCUGCUGCUCCAGCUGCUCAACCAGCUCAGCCAAAGAAUGCUCUCGAUGAUUUACUCGGCCCAGCUCCACCACAGCAGGUCCAACAACAGAAUAACCGUAACGACAUCAAGUCUCUUCUCGACAUGAUGGGACCAGCUCCAGCUCAGCCAAAGCAGAAUAAUGCCGCUAUGUUCGGAGGCAGCGCUCAGCAGACAUUUGGCCAGCCAGCUCGCCCAGCCAACACAGGCUUCGGCCAGCCAGCUAAUGGCGGAUUCGGUCAGCCAGCAGGUGGAUUUGGUCAACCAGCUAACACAGGCUUCGGUCAGCCAGCUAACCAGGGCUUUGGACAACCAGCCGGUGGAUUUGGCCAACCAGCAAACACAGGCUUCGGUCAGCCAGCUCGUCCAGCUAACCAAGGAUUUGGUCAACCAGCAGGUGGAUUCGGUCAACCAGCUAACACAGGCUUCGGACAGCCAGCUAACCAAGGAUUUGGACAGCCAGCCAGUGGAUUUGGCCAACCAGCAAACACAGGCUUCGGUCAGCCAGCUAAUACUGGAUUCGGACAGCCAGCUCGUCCAGCUAACCAAGGAUUUGGUCAACCAGCAGGUGGUUUCGGUCAACCAGCUAACACAGGUUUCGGCCAACCAGCUAAUACUGGAUUCGGCCAACCAGCCGGCGGAUUCGGACAGCCAGCUAACCAAGGAUUUGGUCAACCCGCUAACCAGGGCUUUGGACAGCCAGCUAACCGCCCACAACAGAACCAACAGAACUUUAGCUUGUUCUAA